AUGAUACGCCACAAGCUCGUAAGGAUUCACAGCUCGGUAGAAGAGGCCAGAGGGAAGCAGAUCGCAAACGACGGCACCCUCCGGUGGCUUUCGGAGCUCAUAGACGCUGAGUACCAAGGCAACUACUUGCUUGACUGCAUCAAGCAUGAUCUUGAUGAAGGUGAUGAGGAUGAUGAUGCUAAGGUAGUUUCCUCUUUAUCUCGGUUUAAUCCUGCAAAGCGGGCGCGGAUGUCUGUGUGCAACAUACUGUCACGACACCAUGAUGUCACCAUCGAAGAGAUCGACAGGGUUGCAGAGAGGUUGCAGGGCGUCUGUGAUGGCCUCAGGGAGUUCAUCAUGCUCCUAGGAACUUGCCAACCGGUCCGUCGACCUCUGGCCACCAACAUCUUCCGGCACGGACAAAUGUUUGGCCGACAUGUCGAGAAGGAGAGGAUCAUCAGUUUCCUGCUCCACGACGACGACGACAACACCCGCUUGGCAGUGCUACCUGUUGUCGGUGACACUGGAGUCGGCAAGACGACGCUGGUGCAGCACGCCUGCGACGACGCCAGGGUGAGCAGCCACUUCCAGGUGAUCAUGCUGCUGGAAUUCUCAUACACCUCUGCUGCUGCCGCCCCCGCCAGGAGUGAAACAACGUUUGUUCUUCGGCCCAAGCAUGUCAUUGGAGAUGCAGGAGGAGUAGAUGUCAACGUCAACAAUCCACUGGACUUGGUCGAGUUGGAUUUUGGCAGCAAGAGAUUCCUGCUGGUGUUUGAAGACGUGGACACGCGCAAGAAGCAGGUCCUGGAAGAUCUCCUGCACGCAAGAACGGGCGGCAGCAGCAGCAAGCAGGGGAGCAAGAUCAUCGUCACAACGAACAAUCGUCUUGUCGCCACCAUGGGGACAGUGAAGCCGAUCAUGCUGAAGGCGCUGCCAUUCCCGGAGUACUGGUUCUUUUUCAGGGCGCACGUGUUCUCUGGCAGGGACCUCGAGGAGAGCCCAGGGCUGGUGGCGGUGGGGAAAGCAAUGGCGAAGAAGCUCGAUGGGUCCUUCUUCGGAGCAAAGAUCGUCGGAGGGUUGCUCAGGAACAACCCGAAUCCGGGCUUCUGGCGUAGGGUUUCGGGUAGCAGCGGCAUCGAGGACAUGUCUGCGCUCGGCGACGGCGUCAACUACGUCAUGGAUCUGUCCCAGAGCUUGCUGCCAGGAAAUGUGCGUAUGUGCCAGAUGAUCGUUUCCAAGGAUCGGUUUUCUCAGACGGAAUUGGCCGGAUUGCAUGGCGCCAGCGCUGCUCAGAUCACCAGUUGGGCACAGGGCCCCUAUGGGUUCGCAAGAGUCUUGUUGUGCGAGUCGCUGUUGCCGUUCUAUAAUUUGUAUUACAUCGCUGAUUGCACUGCAGGCUUAGUAAACGGCUACUCCGAAUGUGAGGAGGUACCUUGCGUCAGUGUAGUUCAGUUCAACACAACACAUGGUGUAAGCAUCUCAUCUCUAGCUAGUUGA